AUGUGGCUAAAGGAUGGGGAUUUGAAUACUAAGUUCUUCCAUGCUUCCACGAAACAGAGGAGAGCAGUUAAUAGGAUUGUCGGUCUUCAUAAUGACGCGAAUGUAUGGGUAGCAGGGGAUUUUGAUAAAGAGGUGGAAGACGUAGCGGUCAGUUAUUUUGAUAAACUAUUUACGUCGUCCUUACCAGGGGAUUUCACGGGAGUACUUGAACAUAUGCCACACCUGAUUACUGCUCAGGAGAACGAAGUUUUGGUUCGCCAUGCAACAGAGUCAGAGGUGCACGAUGCGUUAUUUAUGAUGCAUCCAGAGAAAGCACCGGGACCGGAUGGCAUGACUACGCUAUUUUUCCCACGGUCAUGGCACAUCAUUAAAAAUGAUGUUAUCAAGAUGAGACUAAAGGUGCUUUUACCUAGGUUGAUCUCGGAAACUCAAUCUGCCUUUGUCCCGGGCCGGCUAAUUUCAGAUAACAUACUGAUAGAUCAGGAGAUGUUUCAUGGCCUCCGGACAAACAAAGCAUGUAAAAGGAAGUUUAUGGCGGUCAAAACGGAUAUGAGCAAAGCUUAUGAUCGAGUUGAAUGGACCUUCAUAGAGGCUUUAAUGAGGAAAAUGGGUUUUGCGGAGCAGUGGAUAACCAUGAUGAUGCGGUGUAUAACAUCGGUAAGAUACAAGGUGAUACUCAAGUUCCGGCCUCAUAGUUGA